GAGGAGAAGAUGGCGGCGGAGCCGUUUGCUAGCGUGGAGCCUCUUUUAGGCAGGAGCACGGGACGGUCAGGUCUGAGGACCCCGUCACGAAUUCUGUCAAUGUCACUACCCACGCCAACAGACAGUGCACCUCCAGCAAGCUGGAAUCCAUGGCUCUGUAGAUGCUGUUGCCUUGCUCCACCUUGGAUAGUCCUUUGGGAUUGAGGAUGACUUGCUACUCAGCUCCCUGUGGUUAACGUGAGGUGAUGAGAAAUCAAGUAACUGCAAAUAACAUGAUUCAAUGGUAUUAAUGGCAGGAAAUGUGGAUGUGUACAACUCUUCUGUUCAUGACUCCUGUGUAUCUUCAGGGUUUAAAACCCUAUACGAGGAGGGAUUAUUAUUUGAUGUCACCCUAGUUAUUGAGGAUCACCAGUUUCAGGCUCACAAGGCACUGUUGGCUACACAGAGUGACUACUUUCGAAUAAUGUUCACAGCUGACAUGAGGGAGCGGGACCAGAACAAGAUUCACCUUAAAGGACUCACUCCAACAGGCUUUAGUCAUGUCCUACAAUUUAUGUAUUAUGGCUCCAUUGAACUGAACAUGAGCACUGUCCAUGAGAUCCUCCAGGCAGCCAUGUAUGUCCAGUUAACUGAGGUGGUGAAAUUCUGCUGUUCCUUCCUGUUGUCAAAAAUCUGCUUGGACAACUGUGCAGAAAUCAUGCGACUUUUAGAUGAUUUCAGUGUUAAUAUAGACGGUAUCCAAGAACAACUGGACAAGUUCCUGCUCGAGAAUUUCGUACCACUCAUGUCCCGAGCUGAUUUUCUGUCGUACCUGAGUGUUGAGAAGCUCUUGACAUGUUUGGAAAAUGAUCAACUGAGCCGAUUCCCAGAGAUUGAGCUCUUUGAGGCAGCACAGGCCUGGCUGCGACAUGACAGAAGCCGUUGGAGGCACACAGAUGCCAUUGUUCAAAAUGUCAGGUUUUGUCUGAUGAAUACAGCAAACGUUUUGGAAAAGGUAAAAACAUCUGAAUUUUAUCGUUACUCACGGCAGCUUCGUUUUGAGGUUGAGCAGGCUUUAAGCUACUUUCAGAACAUGAAUCAGCAACCACUCUUGGAGAUGAAGUCUAAUCGCAUUCGCUCCGCCAAGGCACAGACGGCAGUUUUUCGAGGGAUGAUUGGGCACAGCAUGGUGAACAGCAAGAUUCUUCUGCUGCACAGGCCCCGGGUUUGGUGGGAACUGGAGGGUCCACAAGUACCACUGCGACCUGAUUGUCUUUCAGUUGUGAACAACUUUGUAUUCUUGUUGGGAGGGGAGGAGUUGGGUCCUGAUGGUGAAUUUCAUGCCUCAUCCAAAGUCUUCCGGUAUGAUCCUCGACAAAAUUCCUGGCUGAGAAUGUCGGACAUGUCUGUCCCACGGUCUGAGUUUGCUGUUGGCAUCAUUGGAAAAUACAUCUAUGCCGUGGCAGGCAGGACAAGAGAUGAAACCUUUUAUUCAACUGAACGUUAUGAUAUCACGCAAAACAAGUGGGAAUUUAUUGAUCCGUAUCCAGUUAAUAAAUAUGGCCAUGAGGGAACAGUUCUUAACAGUAAGCUGUACAUAACGGGUGGGAUAAUGUCCUCUUCAACCUCCAAGCAAGUGUGUGUUUUUGAUCCCAGUAAAGAAGGCACUGUAGAACAGCGGACGAGGAGAACACAAGUGGUUACAACUUGCUGGGAGAACAAGGCUAAAAUGAAUUAUGCACGCUGCUUUCAUAAAAUGAUUGCCCACAAUGGGAAACUUUAUGUUUUUGGUGGUGUGUGUGUAAUUUUACGUGCAUCUUUUGAGUCACAAGGCUGUCCAUCAACGGAGGUUUAUAAUCCUGAUUCUGACCAAUGGACUAUCUUAGCAUCAAUGCCCAUCGGGAGAAGUGGACAUGGCGUGGCAGUUGUUGAAAAGCAGAUCAUUGUCCUUGGCGGUCUUUGUUACAAUGGUCAAUACAGUGACUCCAUCCUUACCUUCGAUCCAGAAGAAAAUAAAUGGAAAGAAGAUGAAUAUCCAAGGAUGCCUUGCAAACUAGAUGGCCUACAAGUCUGUAGCCUUUACUUUCCUGAUUUUGUACUGCAGCAUGUUCGGCGAUGUACCUAAAGCAUUGCUGAGGCUAUAUGACGCUAAUUAACUAGGGAAGGGAAACCAUGAUUUUGUUAAAACAUUUGGGGAGAGCAAAUUAUAGUAUUGUAAAGAUAUUGCCCUUGAAAAAAUAAGGUGCCAAAAUAAAUGCAAUUCAUAAUGGUUUUUCUUUACAAUUGAUUUUAAUUGGUCAAAAAUCCACAACUGAUAUCAGUUUAAUUAAUUUUAAUAAGGAAAUUUACAUUUCUAUUACUUGACAAGUUGCCCAUUCACUUCCUUGCACUCUGUACCAUCGCUCAAGAGUUUACCAACUAUGUCUAUUUUAGAAAUCUAUUUAUUAGGGGUUUCCUUUGUUUCUUUGCAUUUUUAUCAAUAACUUUGGCCUUUUAUCUAAAAAUGUGAAUUGCUACAUCGAAAACAAAUUUUAUCCCUAUCCUUUUACAGUCUUUAUUUUAUUUUAAUUAUUUAAUCUGUGGUUGUACUAAAGAUCCAACUCCUUGUUGCAAAAAUAGUUUUGAAAGUACCUUGAAGUAAAAGCUGAAGAUGGUGGAAACAUUCAAUUAGUUAGACGGCACCUGUGAAAAGGCAUGCAGAGUUCAUGUUUCAGGUUGAAGCCUUUCAUCAAAGUCGGCUAAGGGAGAAAACAAGUUAGUAGUAGGUUUCAGAGAGAAUUGUGGGAGGGAUAGCUAGGAGCAUGUCAUCUUUUGUUCCGUUUCUCUCCCUCCGACUGCCCCUUCCAGUGACCAGGUUACCUCAAAGAUUUAUCCCCAUAACAACUCCAGCUUUGCUUUUUCAGAGGGGUUCCCUCUGUCCUGUCCAUCUGCUCUUUUUCCCUACCAAUCCUCGUUAAAUCGGCUUUCUCUCUUCCCCAGUACUGGCAAAGGGCCUUCAACAUGAGAUAUCUCUAAUCUCUAUUUCCACAAAUGCUGCCCGACCUGCUGAGUGUUUCCAACAUUUCCUGUUUCCAUUUCAGAUUUUUAGUUUCUGCAAUUUUCAUGCAGAAAAUUAUUUUAUUCUGCAAAUGGUUCAUUAUUUUAGAGAUCAUGAGUCCAGGCUGAUUUUUAAGGUGUGGUAGGACAUUAAGGUGGGAUCUACCAGCUGAGAGAAUCCAUUGAUUGUUUUGUGAACAUUAAAAUCUUUUGAAGGAAGUGUUUAGUUUCUUCUUUUGUAUAGUCUUGUGCUUUCCAAAUUUAAUCUUGGCUGUGCCCUUUUAAUUUGGUGCAGUUUUUUUUGUCACUUUUAUUUGUAAUGUAAUUAUUUUAGUCAAGCAUGGCUUUUAAAUUUAUUCCGAAUGUUCUAGCUCCAACUACACAAACUAAUUUAAGAAAGGGUUGCUGGGAAAUCCUUCGCUAGGUCACUGCAAAGUCUUUUAUUUGUUUAAAUUUUAUCAUCUUUGUGUGAAAUGAGGGUUUUGAAAUGAUAGGAUAAAUUUUCAGAAGAAUUGCAGGAGUUGAGUCAAUAUUUCCAACGUGGAUAUGUGUGCAAAUGAACUGUUCGGGUGGUGAAAACACUGGAAAGGAAUCUUUCAAAAGGAAAAAAAAGUUCUGUUAUAAGAACCAUUUUUCAAUGCAUGUAUAUUUUACUAUCAUCUCCAUGUAAUCAUUUAUUCCAGAAUGGACAGGAAACAAUUUGCAGCUUUUCCAGAGACUGAAAAUUGUAUCUUGCACAUUUGUAGUACUUUGUUUCUCUUUUAUAAUCUCUAAAACCUAUUUAAAAAAUAUUAGACACGUUUACCAUUUUAACUAUCCUGGAAACCAAAAAAGCAAGUUGUUUAAUUGUAAACAUAAAAUUGUAAAGGGACAGAAAAGUGUAAAAAGUUUGCUUUGUAAAUACUGAAUCCUAUUUUUCACUGAGCGUAAAGCAAUGCAUUAAGUUUUCAAAUGAAAUGUAUUUAGUUAGCUAUAGUCUUGAAAAUGUAUGUGAUGGAAAUGUAGAGUAUUUAAGAAAACCAUGAUUUAUUAUCUUAACAUACCAUUGUUGCAGCAAUGAAGCCAUCUACAUUAAAGGCUGCUGUUGUAGGAUGUCUUUGUAAACGAGCCACAUUCAUCAUCCAUGUCACUUUACAACAUGUUCUAGUCUGUAAGUUGACCCUUGCAAACCACCACUUCUUGUUUUAUGAAUUCAAUUUCCAAUGAUAAAUGAUCAUCUUCUCGACAGCAUCCAUAUGUAAAUUAUCAUUUUUUUUGGGCACAAUUUCCAUACUGAUUUUUUUUUUAAGUUGGAAAAACUGUAGGUCUGGCAGUGAAAGUCAACGUUGGGCCUCUGCUCUUCAUCAGAACUAUUUCUAUCAUCUGCAGUUUUCUUUCAAUGUGUAUACUGAGUAGCCUCAUUUUUAUUUGAAGCCAAAAUAAAUCUAGCUGACAAAAGAUUGAAGGAAAGCAUAUUGUGGUGGGUAAUGCAGUUAAACCAACCUGAAAAUAUUUAGACCUUGAGUCUUGCAGAAGUUUUUUGUGGGUAACGUGUUUGUGACUGAAAACUUGUGUACCAAUCAUGUCCCUUAGCGAUUUUACAAUCUUGCAGUAGACAAUUUUGUGCAUGGUUUUGGAAACUGACUGGAUAUUCAGACUGAUGUCCCAGGGAUUACAAGUGCCUGUAUUUAUAAGCUAAAUCAGAGAUUAUGACCAGUCCACAAGGAUUCAUUUAGUACCUGGUUUUGUUCUUUGGGGUCAUGGAAAGCACAGCAAGGCAAAACUUCUGUAAUGACAAGGUCUUGUGCAAAAGGGAGGCGUUUGUACAUUUGAAGCAGAUCAUUCUUGGAGCUUUUCAGUUAAAGUGCAAGAAGAAUAUUAGUUAAAAUCCAUAGCAAUUUAGAUUUUUGUUCUUCAAUGUAAAGUUUACCAUUCUCUGGCCACUGAGUCACUGACAGCUGCUCUGGUGUUGAACACCACCUAUACCUGAAAGAACAGGUAGCAACAUUUUCAAUCUAAGGCAGACCCAAGUUGUAAUGAAUUUGCAUAUCUGAUGGAAUGUUCAUGUGUUAUUAUUUAUGUUAACUGAUAUCUUCACUGGCAGAUGUGGACUCAUUUCAGUAGAGUACAAUAUACUUCAAAUACCCACUUAAUCAGUGCAAAAAAUAUUUUGUGACUUUUUAGAGCUGAAGAUAUUUGUAAACAAAAUGUAAAAAGUGUUAAAUAAAAGAAUUGUCUUUUAAAAUGGA